CCGAUACAUUCCUGGUACCUAUCCUACUAAGACUACCUAUCAGAAGUUAUCACUAUCCUCUGUUUUUCAACCCUUAAGGCUGUUCGCUUCAAGUCAUUUACAUACUCUUUUACCCUGCGAUAUCGACGUGGCCGUUUCCUGACUUCUCAUGAAUGACUGGCUAUAUUGAAUAUGCCAACUUCUUCUGUAUCCGAAGGUGAAAAUUACAUGCUCAUUGCAUCAGGACCAAGCCACUAUGCUCCUUUCUUAUCAGGCUGGCAAGAGUUCAAAGACCAUAUCCGAAGGAUUGUCGACCAUCAGCCUGGGUGGGCAGAAGUCAUGCCCGGGCCCCGAAAAGGGGAGAUGCAAGGGUUCGUCAGGCUUGAAAAGAGGGUCGACGCGGAUGCUGCCUAUGAGCACUAUACCAUAUCACGAGGAUUGCUGGUUCACCUCUUCAAGACCUCACGCACUAGCGGUGAUUAUCGACUCUUGAAAUGCAAUUGCGGGCCAUACUUCCCUGACAUGUCUGAGCGAAGUCAUUCACCCACUCGAUCUGGAGUCCAGGCCGAUGUUACCCGUCAAUCCAUACCUAGAGCGUAUAGUGCUGUGGUGCCACAAUAUCCCGUACCUACUGCCUACUCGUGGGACCCGCUAUAUACACAGAUCCCAAGCUAUGCACAGGCCCCCACCUACUCUAAUCCUGUAGCUUCAGUUCAGCAGGUACCAACGUAUUCCGCAAGCACAAACGGCAUUCCCGUGAAUGUUCGGCACGGGGCAAUGCUGACGGAGGCUCGCGGUAUCUUCAUCAGUAAUCUUAGCUAUCAGUGCACGCCAAAUGACCUCUUCAAUCUUCUCUGCACAGUUGGUCGCACUACUGAUUACAAACUCCACAAGGAUUCUAGGGGGCAACCCAACGGAGCCGCGACGGCGAAAUUCGCUACGAAGGAGGAGGCACAUCGCGCCGCGACACAUCUCAACGGCAAGCAGCACAUGGGGAUGACGAUAAAUGCUCGUCUAGACAUGAACACAACAGUGAUAGGACAGGCCCAGUCGCCUGUCAUCGUGAACGGGUCAACCGCUUCUAGGGGUUGAACGAGGCUCAAUUGACAGCCACGGCGGGGUGCAUGACGAGUACGAGCCCGGCUCAAGGGGUCCUUCAAACAAAGUGAAGCAAACUGGAGCGCAAGGAUCAUUUGUAUUCUCUUUUACUGCUUAAUAUGAUCACCUCUGCAAGCGAACGAC